AUGUCUGAUAACUCGUCGGUCAAUCCAGGAUUCGUCCCAGAGUCAUGGGCUCUCUAUGGAGUGGGCAUGUUCCUGCUUUUGCUCAGACUCGCUGCUAGAAUUAGGCGCCUCGGCAUCACUGGCCUGCAAUACGAUGACUACUUCGUAGCCGUUGGAGGCGUUGCGUACACUAUGCUGUGUGUGGCCUUCAAUCAAAUGCUGAGCGGUGGUGGUUCGAACCUCCUCACCGACGAGGAUAUCGCGGCAUUGACUCCAGAAUCGACUCGAGAACGAGUGAUAGGCUCAAAAUGGGUCUUCGCGUCUGAGCAUGCAAUGCUGAUCACCAUCUGGAGCAUGAAGGCUGCUAUGCUAGCAUUGUACGCUCGCAUCACGUCAGGCACCAACGUCGUCCAGCGUCGAUUGCUGAAGGGCGUAGCGGUCUGGGUUGGCCUUGCUUUCAUUGGCGACGAGCUUGCUCUCUUCCUCAUCUGUCGUCCGGUCUCGCAAUAUUGGGCAGUACCCGCUGCGAAUGCGCAAUGCUCAACCUAUGAGUACUACCAAUAUGUGAACGCAGUAUUUAACAUCUCCACUGAUCUCCUUAUCCUGGGUAUCGGCAUACCACCAGUCAUGAAGACCCGACUUUCGAUCCAGCAAAAGAUGGUGCUCGGUAUAAUCUUUGGCAUGGGAGCGUUCGUCAUCGUCGCCGCAAUUUGUCGCCUGAUCUAUUGCACGGUGCCGUCGUUGGUCUCGUAUGUGUACAUGAACUGGUACUUCCGCGAAGCCUCGGUGGCUGUGUAUGUCACCAAUCUACCUCCGAUCUGGGCACUUUUGCGCGAGCUGUUCCCCAAGAUCCAUGUCUUUGGCUACAGCAAUCGCAGGACAACGACCAAAUCGAAAGGACAGCCCAGCCAUCCCACCUGGCAAUCAAUGGGAUCGGGCAACCGGACGCAAAGGAAAGAGUUCGACUUCGACAUGGACACAGUGCCCAUCAGCAAGCGGGAUAUGAUGGUUGCGGAGCAUGAGCUCCACGAUCGCGAUCUGACCAGGUCGGAUUCUCUCCAAGGAGACAAUUCAUCCACAAGCUCGAGUCGCCACAUCAACAAGCACGAAAUUCGACGAGAUGUCACCUUCACGGUAGAACACCUGCAGGCCAACGAACAGGCUGAGCCCAACAGACUGCGCUCGUUCUGA